GCACUGACCGUACACGUGGAUCUAAGGUGAUCGAGCGGCGUCUGCCGUCAGUCAUGGCAUCGGUGUCCGUCAAACUCUCCCUGGUCUUGCUUCUGGCGACGCUGCUGGUGAUGCAAGAGGCCUACUGCCAGAUCACGUUCUCAAAAAACUGGCAGCCGGGCAAGCGCUCCGAGAUGUGCUCUCAGAAGGAGGCCCAAGCCAUCAUCAAGCUACGGCAUUUCCUGCUGGAGGAGGCCAAACACCUCGAAGAAUGCCGCCUUUUUUACGGGAACGAAGGUGGCAAUGAAGACUAAGAGAAUGCUGUUGUGCCACGUUUAUUCACAUUCAUCACUGAAGUAUCCUCAGAUCUCACGCCUGUAUUUGAGGUGUAAAAAUAAAUACA